UUAUUUUUAAUUUUUUCUAUAUUGAAAACAUUUAAUUUUCAGUGUUUAAAUAUUUUAAUCCCUAAAUAUCAUAUGACAGUGGAUUUUAAAUGAAAUUCAUCUCGCUUAUUUCAAGCUGAUGUUAGAACAAACAAACAAGCAAACACACGGAACAAUCUAUCCACACAAAAAAUUCAUGUAACUAAUUACUUACUUCACAUAUUAAAAACUGAAUUUUGAAUUUAACAAAACACAAAUUCACAAUGAUCACUCACCACAAUGUAACGCACAAAUUUAAAUCAUCCUCCAAUUAUUUAACAUGUAACAUAUAUUUUCUUAUAUUUUUAAAUUUAACUUUUGUAUUUCAUUUAAUAACAUGCUCAACUGGACAUGAAAUUCGAUUACAACACAAUAAUGUUGAAGAAGGAGAUGGGGAAGAAUUGAAAUUUACAAUUCUUGAAGAAUUACCUAAAGGUACCAUCAUUGCAUCGAAUGCAAAAUUAGGCAAUUUAUUUACUAAUUUUAAUAAUAAUAAUCAUGAUAAUCAUAACAAUCAAAACUUUACAAAAUUACCUAGAAUAUUGAAUGUAAAAGAUCCAGGUGUCCGAUGUUUCGAUUUCAAAUGGAUUCCAUUUGAUAAACAUGGCGAUUUGAAUGAAUUACAAUUGAUUGUCAGCGAUCGGAUUGAUCGAGAGAUGAUCUGUCCAUUGAAAACACAUGAAUUAAGUAGUACUAGUAGUAGUACUAGUAGUACUGGUAGUAGUAACAAUAAUAAUCUUGCACUACAUCCUGUAAAUAACCAACUCCUCCUUGAUUAUGAACUAGCCCAUUCAUCAAACAAUGUACAAAAUCCGCAUCAUGAUUGUAUAGUCACGUUAAGAAUAGCAAUAUUUACCAAUAAUUUACAAAAAAUCUAUCAAAUACACGUUAUUAUUGAAGAUAUCAAUGAUAAUGCCCCUCAGUGGACAAUCAAUAAAUUGACCUUGAAUUUUCAUGAUGAUGACCCGCCUGGGACGAAACAAUCCAUCCCAUUGGCUAAAGAUAUGGAUAUUGGGAUGAAUGCAAAAAUCAAUUAUCAAUUAUUGAAUUCUGAUACACAUUUAAACAAUAACAAUAAUAAUAAUAAUAUGCAUUCGUAUCUUUUGAAUGAACCGAAUCAUUUAAAACUACGCGCUACCGAUAUGUUUGAAUUAAUCACAGAAAAAGUGAAUUUAAAUCAUUUCAACGAUGAACGUUUAUUUUUAACAGCACGACAUACACUUGAUCGUGAAUCAACACCACAAGGUUGGGAUUUAAUUUUAUUAGCUAGUAAUAAUAAUAAUAAUAAUAACGACGAUUUACCAUCAUCAAUGAGUAGUCGCUUAUUAAUUCACAUCAAUCUUAUUGACGUGAAUGAUAACAGCCCGAAAUUUUCACAAUCUUUAUAUAAACCUCAAUUACCAAAUCAAAAAGUCGGUUCAAUACCAGAAGAUUAUCCUGUCGGCAAAACGAUUCUACGUGUUCACGCGUCAGAUGCAGAUGAAGGUAGAAAUGCUGAAAUCACAUAUAGUUUCGCGCCAGAUCUAACAAAUCCAUUAAUACGUCAUUUCUUUGAAAUAACUAAAGAUGGUGAACUACGCGUUCUACAACCAUUGAAUGUUGACAUGAAAACACAACAACAACAACAAAGCGCCAAUAGUCCAAAUUUACCAACAUCAUUAAUGAGUUUUGAUGUGAUCGCUGUAGAUGGUGCUAUUAUGCCUUAUGCUAAAACUGGCCACGCUACCAUUCAACUAGAAAUUGAAAAUAUUGACGAUGAACCACCAGAAAUACAUAUUCAUCCUAUUCAAUCAUUACAAGAUACUACUUAUAAUACUUACUUAAAUCAUCAUCAUCAUCAACAACACCAAUCACAUGAAACAGAAAUAGCCGUCUUGGAAAAUCAAUCCCCAGGAGAAUUGAUUGCUUUAAUUGAAGUCAAAGAUCCAGAUCUAUUGACAAGUCAAAUGAGUUCACAAUGUUUACUGACUGGUCCAAAUGCUAAUAACUUUCGUUUGUCAUCAUUUCAAGAUUCAAUAAUGAACAAUGAAUAUCGUUUAUAUACAACAGUGAAAUUAGACCGGGAAAAACAAGCACAGCUAUUAUUAACAAUUGAAUGUAAAGAUUUAGCUGAUCAUAUGACAAUCAGUAAUAUUAUGAUCCACGUGUUAGAUGUCAAUGAUCAAACACCACAAUGUACUGUAUCACAUUAUCAUUUUGCCAUAUUUGAAGAUGAUAAUGAAGAUGAUGACGGCGGCGGCGGCGCCGAUUAUUACGAGAAUACCAUGACUACUACUAAUAAUCGUAGUUGGUUUACACCAGAUGGUUUAGCGUAUAUUUUAGCUAAAGAUAAUGAUAUUGGCUUGAAUAGUAAAUUAACUUAUUAUUUGCCAACAGAAUCAAUAGACACCACAGAUAAUAGUGGUAAAUUUAGUAUUAAUUCAGAAACUGGUCAACUUUAUGCAUGGGGUCCAUUUGAUCGUGAACAGAAAUCUAGUUAUACAUUUAAUAUCAUGGUCAAAGAUAAUGGACCCAUUGUACAAUUAAGUACAAAUUGUUUAAUUACUGUAAAUAUUUUAGAUAUUAAUGAUAAUCCACCGAUAUUUCAUCCGAAAUUAUCGAUUACCGGAGGUUAUUUAUUUAGUAUCGCGGAAAAUCUAUUGCCUGGUACACGUGUUGGACAAAUCGAGGCAGUGGAUUUAGAUAAUUUACCGCCUGGUUCCAUUGAAUUGACAGAAAUUUUUAAUGAUUUCGAUAAAUUCAGUUUUAAUUUAACAAAUGGAAGAGAUGAAUUUAAAGGGAUUAAACAAAAUUUCGAUAAGAAAUUAACUUAUUCAUUGAAAAAUGAACAUAAUUCCCAAGCGUUUCGUAUUGAUCCUAAAACUGGAGUUAUUAUGACUCGAACAUUAUUAGAUCGUGAACGACAAGCAACUUAUACAUUUUAUGCCUAUGUACAUGAUGGUCCAGAGAAUGGAAAAACAUUACAACACGUGACAAAUAGUACACAGAAUAAAACAAAACUCCGCCAAACAUUGAAUAAUGAGCAUCGUUCACAUACUGCUUCUAUUUUAAUUACCAUUACAAUACAAGAUGAAAAUGAUAAUGAUCCGGUGUUUAUUCGACCGAAUUCAACUAAUCAUAUGAUAUUAUUAAAUCCAACAGCUAUACCUGGACAAUCUUUAUCACAAUUAUUAGCCAUUGAUCCAGACGAAGGUUUAAAUGGACAAAUAUCUUAUGCAAUUAAAGGUGAAACAGCUGGUGUAUUAUUUAAUAUUGAUUCAAGAACUGGUUUAUUAUAUUUGGAAAGUCAAAUACCCAGGCAAUAUUUAACAAAUAAUCAGCAGCAACAACAGCGAAAUCCCAAUAUGAAUAAUAAUCACGGGAAUGAUCUAAUUUAUCCGACAUUUUUAUUAGCAUUGGAUGCAUGUGAUCAUGGUGAACCGAGACGAUGUACACAUUUCCCGAAUCUACAAAUUCAGAUUCGUAGUUCAUCAAAUAUGAUUGAUGAAAUCAAAUCCAAUGAAUAUGGUCGAAUGGAUUUAUCGAUCAGUCAACAAUCGGAUGAUACUUACAUUUCAAAAUCCAAUGCUGACUCGAUCUCAUCAUCGUCGUUGUCCGCCUCCGCCGCCUCGUCCUCAUUAUUAUCAGCCAAUUUUUUCUCAAAUGAUUACAGCGCGCCAAUGAGUUAUUUUUUCGGGAAAUAUUCACUUGGUGAAUUAUUGAUUAUUGGAUUAUCGAGUUUUUUCUCAAUCUUAGUAUUAAUCAUACUAUUUACUGUUUGUUUUGUACGACGUAGAACACAACAAAUGUUGCAAAAUAAUGAACCAAUAAAUCCAGAAUUAUUGAAGUUGAAUCAUGCCAAUACGGGGUUCAAUGUUGAAUUACAUGAAAAAAGCAAACCAUUGAAAUCACGAGCUAAGUUAUGCAACUGGUAUACUAGUGAUCAUCAUCAUCAUCAAAAUACAACAGUUAAAAAGUCAACUAUAUUAAAUCUUCUCACUGGACGAUUACAUAAAAAUAAUCGACCAGUUAACACGGACCAAGCAAAUGUCAAUAAAAUAUCAACAACAACAACACCGACACCGACACCAACAUCACAAUCAAUCAGCUGUGGCAUAUCGAUUAACCGCUCACAACCGUUGCCAGUCCCAUCAACAUCCGCUUCUGCAUCACAACAACCAAUAAUGAAUCAAUCAAGAUUAAAUUAUCCUGUAGAUUUAAUGAAUCAUUCGCGUAUUUAUCAACCGAAUACACAUUCAUCUAGACAGUAUAGUCCUUAUAGUCCAAUAUUUAUCAAUACUACUAAUAAUAUACCUACAGUACCAAAUGAUUACCAAUCAUUGGAUUGUUGGGAUAAUAACAACAGUCAACCAACAAUACAUUAUCCGAAUAAAUUUAAACAAGACAAUUUAACAAAUACGCCGCCAUUCUAUACAAAACCAUUUAAACAAUCAAUUGGUAGUACUGGUAGUACUGGUAGUGGUGCAAAAAAUUCAAAUUCUGAUUUUGCCAAUCAUAUCACAACAACAAUCUCACCAUCAUUGCCAAUGUUAUUGCAUAAUAAUAAUAAUAAUAAUAAACAAAGUCAUUUAUUGAUUGCCAAUCAUGAAAAAUCAAUAAUAGAUAAUCAAAUUUUAAUGAAUACUACUGCUAGUAAUCAUUAUAUUCAUCAUACUACUAAUAAUCAUCAUCAUUUAUCAAAUGGUAUAUCCCCAACUCAUUUAAACAAAAAUGAUCAUUUUUCAUCAAUAUUAUUAAGUCAACAACAACAACAACAAAAACAAAAUAAUAAUUUGAAAAAAAUCCCAGAAAAUUCACAAGCUUAUACAACAGGAUUGAUGAAAUCGACUUUUGUAUAACAAGCCACAGCAACAACAAACAAAAAUUAAGUGAUAACUUUUUAGACUACUUAAAAACUAAUAAUCAGUAGUAAUAGUAAUAUUGGAUAAUUUUCAAUGUGAAUCUAACAUUCCUCCCUAAUAUUGGACCAAGACAGAAAUUGAAAGCAAAUGCAGUUAAAUUUUUAUUCCUUUUUAGCUUUGUUCAGUUUUUUGAACUUUAACCUUAACUUGAUCUUGUUUUUUUUGUGUCUUUUGAUCAUAAAGUUCUUCCUUGUUCUUCUUUGUUAUUCCAGCCACACAAACACACACAUACAAACACACAGAGAGAGCAGUAUACAUGUAGAAUAAUUAUCAAUUUGUUUGUAAUCAAAGAAAAAAGUAAUAUAUAAAGAAUUUAUUAAUAUUAAUCGAUAUUAAA